GUAAUGUCUUAUUGUGCCAGAAUAUAAAGAAAUUGCGAGAAAUUUAAUAAUGCAGAGGUGAAUUGGCUGGAAUAUACCAUCAUUCCUCUUCAUUAUUUUUUAUACGUCAUUUGGAGGCUCGUCCAAUAAAUAAAUAGUGGAAUAGUGGCCCUUGCACAUGUGAGUAUCACAUACUGGUGCCGUGCUUUUCCAUCCAGACGCGCCUACUUCUCUCGUUCCUUUGAUUGGAUGAUAUCGAUGCUUCGUAAACACGUUCGCGCAUAAUUAUAAAAUCCUGUUCAUGGUGCGUCUAAGGUCAGCUAGUGGUUCUUCUAUAAAAUGAGGAAUUCAAGGUGUUUUCAAUGUUAAUCGUGUCCCAAGAAGUCAGCAUGAAAGACAAUUUUCAGAAUUUAUUGUGUCUCUGAACUUAUCGUUGAUUGUGACGUUCCUCGAUAAAUGAUCUUGCGAACAGCUCUGAUAACUCUCGCCCAUAUCUGGAGUGUAAAGUCAAUUCAAUCGUGAGGAUGGAGUCUGAUCUGAAGUAUCUCUCCGGCUUUGGAAACGAGUUCGCGAGUGAAGAUCCUCGAUGUCCAGGCUCUCUACCACAAGGCCAGAAUACUCCACAAAAGUGUCCCUAUGGUCUCUACGCUGAGCAACUGUCGGGCACAGCUUUCACUGCACCUAGAGAUGAAAAUAGACGCACAUGGUUUUACAGGAUCAAGCCAUCUGUUUGUCAUGGACGAUAUGAACGAGUGGAGAAGACAAAAUUGAGCCACGACUGGAGAAAUUUCGAUCCAAAUCCUCUCCGUUGGAGGGCUUUUGAUGCUCCAACUCGUCAAGGCUCCCCCGUUGACUUUAUCGAGGGUCUCCACACAAUUUGUGGAGCUGGAGAUGCAUCCGUGAGGAAUGGAGUUGCCAUCCACGUUUAUCUAUGUAAUGCCUCCAUGAAAGACUCGGCUUUCUACAACGCUGAUGGUGAUUUCCUCAUCGUGCCACAGCUCGGCACUUUGAUGAUUAGAACGGAAUUUGGAAAAAUUCAGUGUGAGCCUAAUGAAAUCUGCGUCAUUCAACAGGGAAUGAAAUUCUCUGUGAGUGUUCUUGGUCCAUCCAGGGGAUAUAUUCUCGAGGUUUUUGAUAAUCACUUUCAGUUGCCCCAUCUCGGACCGAUUGGGGCUAAUGGCUUAGCUAAUCCUCGUGACUUUCUCACACCAGUCGCCUGCUACGAAGAUUGCGAUUUAAAAUUCAAAAUUUACUCAAAAUAUCAGGGAAAACUAUUCUCCUUCGAAAGAGACAGCAGUCCAUUUGAUGUGGUAUCUUGGCACGGCAAUUAUGUCCCUUAUAAAUACGAUUUAAACCGUUUUAUGGUCAUAAAUUCCGUCUCAUUCGAUCACUGCGAUCCGUCGAUCUUCACCGUUCUCACUUGUCCCUCUUCAAAACCAGGGACAGCUAUCGCUGAUUUCGUCAUAUUUCCACCCAGAUGGUCCGUCCAAGAGAACACUUUCCGCCCACCGUACUAUCACAGAAACUGCAUGAGUGAAUUUAUGGGCCUGAUAAAGGGCCAGUACGAGGCUAAGGAGGAAGGGUUUCAGCCUGGAGGAGCAUCUCUUCACACUGUGAUGACACCUCAUGGUCCUGAUGCCAAGUGCUUCGAAGGAGCCAGCAAUGCUGACCUGAUGCCAGAGAAAAUUGCGGAGGGCACCAUGGCCUUCAUGUUUGAGACAUCUCUCUGCAUGGGCCUCACCUCCUGGGGUGCUACCAACAGCAAACUGGAUCCAAAUUACUUGGGCUGUUGGGGAGGGCUCGAGAAACACUUUAGGUCUAGUCAUGGAUCUGAAUCAGCUCUCUGAUUUCCUCUUUUGCUGGUGUACCUUCCGAAUGGAGCUUGGACAUUAUGGGGAAUGGUCUGAGACGUGGACGCAAUUAUGUUUUUGUGGAUGCAAUUAUGUUUCUGUGGACGCAAUUAUGUUUCAUGCACUCGUACAUGUUAUGAGCCAUUAUAUGGUACGCAGUGGCCCUCAUUAAUGAUAAUUUAUGAGGGCUGCGAUCCGUAAUUUGCCGGGAAAAAUGUCCCUGCCAUAUCGGUUGAUGGUCUGAAUGGUGGGCCGGUUGGUUACCAGAGGACGAUCACUCGAUGAAUUGUCGGUCGUUGAUUAAUUACUAAUUAGAAAGACUUAUCAGAGAACUUUUACCGCACUUGUUUGGUAAUCCAUUACUUCUUGACGCGACUCUUAAAAUUGAAGUUUAAGGGUGUCCAUAAAUGGAGAAACAUUUAAAUAACAGUUUACCGUUAAAAAUUCUGAAAAUUUAUAAAUUUGUAAUGGAAAAUCAUGGAUAUGAAUAAAUUAAAAAAUACUCUGAGAUAUAACA